AUCAACCUACUUCCGAGUCACGUGACUGACGACACGGUGACGCUCAGUGACCGUAGUGACAACAAUGCUCUCGUACUGGAACAAACCCCAACAGGCUUUGGCUCGGAACCCGUGGUUCAUGUGACCGCGGUGGCGGUUGUGGUGAACCGAACAGUCGUGCCGGUGGAAGAGGAACUCUAAUGGCUUCACCACAGAGUCGAGCGGCUUAGUGACGGGAAGAAGAAAGGAGAAGGGGGAGGAGAAGAGUGGCUCACUGCCGGAGCCGGUGAAGGUAGACAGUGAGUGAGUCCGUGUGCCUUCCUUCUCUCCGGUUGUCUGUCGGUCGGUGCUCAGGAUGUAGGCCUCCGCUGUAGCCGUUGGUCAUCCUGCUGCAGGAUAAAGAGGUGGAUUUUCUACACCUGAUCGGUUUGUGAUUCAUGUCCUGCUCAUUGUCUGUGGGUCAAGAUGAGCACAGACAGACCCAAACGGAACAUCAUCAAGAAAAAACUUGACAUCAGUGAUGGGAUGCCAUGGUGUGAAGAACGUCUGGUCCGCAAAGUUCUUUUCCUCUCCCUCAGGGAAUUUAGAGACACACACCGCACUGCACACAAACAGCCACGCAUGCACACACGUGCACACAAAAACAUGUCAAAAAAUCCACUCCUAUAUAGACCGCGGAAGGCACAGACGCAUCUCAACACGCAUGCGCAGAAAAAGACACGGACAACACUAAAGGUCACACACAAACAGCAAAGUUCCCAGAAAAACACACAACCUUCACAAAAUAUGCACAUUUCAAAAGAAUCACACCGUCAGGAACAAACCAACAGAGGGCAAAAACCUAACUCGUCUCAGGACUCACACACACCAAAAAACAGAUGCACCCACACACACAACAUGCAGCCACAAUCCGCAGGGAAAAUCACAUACAGUGUUCAGCAAACAGAUGUGCAGGAGAACAGACAGAAGUUCCAGAAAAAAAAUGGUUCCACCAGGACACUUCGCUCACAUACAACACGAAACAACCUGUUGCCGCCAGAUUCCAAACACACACUAAGUGACAAACACACACCUGGUGCUCAGCACAAACACUCGGUGAAAAACAGCUGCACGUGUGAGAAUACGCGGACGUUGCUCACCCCUCAAGCUCCUGCCAGGACCCUGAGAUCACGCACACCCCCCAGACAGAGCGGUUCUCGGUUAAAUAGCGUCAGCCACUGUCAGUCCAACCCGUCAGCUAGUCCCAGUUGGAGCUGGAUGUUACAGACACGUCCUCAGCAGCAUCGUCCUGCCAGGAUUCAGUAUGACAAGGAUGCCUUUGCCAGCAAAAGACCACGGCUUCAAGCACAGAGGAAGUUUGCCCAGUCUCCUCCCAGCUCUCCAGGACCACCAGCACUGAUGACGUUAUCACGGAGCAGCAACAGCCAGCACCUGCCUCCUGUCAACUGUCUGACCCGACGUCGACCUAAGACGGAAGAUUUCUUAUCUUUCCUCUGUUUAAGAGGUUCUGCAGCAUUACCCAGAAACAUGGCCUUCUUAGCAAGUGGACGAGAGAAGGAGCCCUUGAUCAUUCAGCACCUCACUUCCUGUCUUCCUAUCAAUCACAAGACUGAAGCUGAUGGAAAGAAAACGAGGACAUUAGGAAAAACAGCAGAACAGCGGGAACCUCGAUCCCUGAGGAGGAGGACAGCUGACGGCUCCUCCUGCCCUCAAACUGUCCGAGAACGGACUAUCAAGGAGAAAGGGGAGGAACAGCAGAGGAGAAGGAGGAGAGAGAGGAUGGAGGACAGGAAGACAAAGGGGGCUGAGAGACACCUCCUGAGGUCUCGCCAGCUGUCCCUGCAGAUCAGAAGGACUAACAAGGUUCCAGUGGUCACUAGACCUACUCAACAAAGCACGUCCUCUAUGAGGUCAGCUUCUCCCUUAAAGCCAAUCUCAGGGGUUGGCAGCAGACGAUCCCCCAGGCCUUUCACGAGGUCAAGCAAUACCCUUAAACCAAGAAGCAACCGACUGCAGGAAACCAGCAAAUCCCACCUCUCUCGACAAAUCAACCAGCAGCUGCCUCAAAAACAGCAACCUCCUCUCUACCCUCGAACAGUCUCCAAGCUCUAUAGCAAACCCAAGACCAUCAGUACUCUCUGCAACUCAGGAAAACAUUUAACUAGUACACCAGCUCAAAAGCCACUGACCAAUGGCUCCGUCAACAUGCAAAUGUGUGAGAACCCUGGUGUCCAGAGGAUAUCCAGGAGGAAGAGAGGGCUCCCACCAGACACCAGCUCUGCUCCUCCAAGUCAGGUACAGUUGGACAAAAACCCAUCAAAGAAGUGUAGAGGACUGCGGUGCACCAAUAGUGUUGACUCCUCGGAGAGUCACUGUCAUACUGAUGAGAAGGAGGCCAUCGAUGUUAAAAAGGAGUUUGACAGCCAUAAUGGUAGAAUCCCUGGUCACAACAGCAAAGACAGAAGCCAAGACGAAAGUGACCAGGCUAGAGAGGUGAAGCUGGAGACGAUCGGUCGUCUCUGUGACGAGGACGAGGUAACUGCUGAUCAGUUAAGUGUGGUGAGUAUAACUGCUCAGGAGCCCACCAAAAAUACAGUUAAACUUGCCAACAUCAUCUCAAACUGUGACCUCCAUCCUGUCAGUGAGGUCAUUUGCAGACAAGUGCGAGAGAAGCAAAUUCCCCAAAUUCCACCCACUUUAUCUACAAUCCCUAAGCCGGUUACCAGGACUGCUGUUUCUAAGAGUGUUGUCAGAACUGCUACUCCAAGGACUAGCUUAAAUAAGGCUGCUACAAACCAAGUAACACCAGUCUGCGUAAAUCCUAAACCAACACGCACUUACUCUGCCAAGCCUUCUGCUAAGGCAGCUAAGAAAGGUACUGGUGCAGAUGUUACCAAGUGUUCUUCUCCAGCCAGCAGUUUUACUAUCCCUUAUACUCAAGGUGCUACAAACAACUCUUCCAUCGGUACCACAGAGGACAUGACUAAAAACACUGAACUAGUUGGUAGCUUUUCCAGCACUUCCAAAGGCUCUGUGAAGAGCCUUCCCCAGACCAAGUCUUCUACCUCAGCUAUUAAGACCAGGACCAGCCCUCGAAUCCUUCUGAAACGCUAAUAUCUGAGCUACACGUGCGAACUGCAGAUGAGUAGAAAGUCUAGAUACCAUACAUAAGAUACUGUCGAUAGUGUGAGUCAGGACGAUGGUUUUUUGGCUGGAUGGACAGUGGUGUAGUGACCAUGGCUUAUUGUCAGUAAUUGUUGGAUCUUCAUUAGGUUUACUGAUCUUGAAACCUUUGUUCAGAUUGAACAAAACCUAAAUAGCAUUUUAACAUUUAACUUCAACCCCAAAUAGGGGCAUCGUCGUCGUUGUGAUUAAGAACUAUGUUGAAAAGUGUGGCUCAACAUUCACAGCCAUGUAUCCUUCUACCCACACUAAUAUGUGCAUUGUACUGUUACUGCAGUGGUAUUGUAGUGACAUAAGGCACUAGUUCCCAUUAUAAAUACACUUCCACCUGAUUUUAGUGCAUAUCGCCAGGAAGUACCAUGGAAUAAAUGUUUCUGCUUCCAAACGCCUGGAAAAAAAUAUGCAAAUUUGUCCCUGGUAUCUGGUAUUCUGACAUACACACAAACACAUGUCCCUGUCACAUUUCUUCUUUGUCUUCCUUGGUUAUUGCUUACACAUGCUGCCACCUUUACACUGUAGUCUUCAUGGCCACAAGGUGGAAGAAGUGUUAGAGCUCCUGUCUUAUAGAAAGAAGAUCACUGGUGUGCUGGUUCGAUUCUGGGUCCUGAUGUGUGAAUAUUACUCUUUCCACUUAUGUGUGGGUUUUUUCCAGGUACUCCAGCUUCCUCCCUAAAUCAACUAUCACCAGUUUAGUUUAAAUGGACGGUCUGGACAUACCUAAUCUGACCAUAGGUACGACUGUGAAUGGUUGUCUGUGGACAGACUAGCAAACAGUCCAUGGCAAUCCCCACGCUCACACGAUGACUGUUGAAAUUAGUUCCAGCUCCCGUGCAAUUUAGAGGAUUAGGCAGUAGAAGAUGAAUGAAUGAAGAGAUUAUGUAAAUUUUUGGAAGUGCUAAUGGUCUGUGGUUCCACUUGCUGGAUCUAGAUUCUGUAUUUGAAUAGUACCCAUGAAGGUACAACUGUGCUUCAAAUAUAAUGGAAUGGUUGUAUAAUUGUGGUCUGUGCCAAAAAGUCUGUAAAGCAAUAUUUUGGAGGUGAUACCUAAUAUACACGUCUUAAUGAUCCUAAUAACAUUACAACUCCAGUCCAAGAGUCUUGUGUGUGACAUGUCUAUGAAUCAUCCAUGCAGUCUCCCAGCAGCCAGCCUACAUUUUGAGGGAUACCACUGCAGUAAUGGCACGUUACAAUCUUUUAUUACUUUCUGAAUUCAUCCGUACUAUGUGUUUUUAUAUUGUGGCUUGGUUGUAUUUUAAACCUUAGGAAAACUGUUUGGAAAGCACAGGCAUUUUCCUUUGUCAGUCUGCUGGACUUUUUGUAAAGCUUCUCUGAGGAAAGCUUUCAUAUUUGGCUGCAGAUCUUUAUGGCAAGGUUUUAGCAGUCAAGUCACAAUCACAACGAUCACUAACCCGUGACUGCCGUGUACUUUUAAAAUAAAUGAUAUAGAAUUUAUAGUGAAUAGUAGAAACGUUUCGAAGAUCUUUAACAAAAGUCCUUUAUCUGGAGGACAGGACAGAAGUCUGUCUCAGUAGAAGGUCAGAUUCUUGCAUGUAUAUGUACUGGGCAGGUUUUUCUUGCAGUAAUCGCCUGCGCUGUUCUUACACUAACUGCAGUAUAAGUGAUGAGGCACUAAACGCCAGUUUUGUGCAUCACAGUUCUGCCGACUACUGAAGCCUUACACUCAUAUUAACUUCAUAUCAAUUCAAUGGGGAUUUUUGUUGCUUUCAAUGAAUUCCAAUUCCUUCUAAUAGGAAAGAUUGUAAUUCAAAUGGUUAUAAAAAGAAUCUAGUAUUACUUUGAGACUGAUUUAAGCCAAGCAGCACAUUGGUGCAAUGAAAUUGUUAACCUGUAGAUACAACAAUCUGUCAACUGCUCUCCACAACCAGAUGUAUACAUACUGGCUGUCAAAAGAUGUAGAAGCCGCAUUGACUGAAAAUGCUGUUUGACAGUGUGUGUUUGCUCAUUGUUUAUUGUAGACACUGUAGAAGAGGAGAUGUUGUGUGGCAGCUCAACAACAUAACGCUGUACAGAAAAGUACAGCAGAUUAACCUUCACCGGUACGUGGAUGUGAGUCUCUCAGAAAAUGUGGUUCUAACUUGGAUGUUCUUAAGGGUUUGAGCUAACACUAGGUGCUGUUUUGAUUUGCUUAUUGGCUUGUUUUGGAAGGAGAAGUAGUGUGGAAGUUUUACCUAAACUAAAAAACCAUAGACCAUAUACAAGAGAUGGACAUAGCCAUCUACUUGAAAUCUUGAGUCUGGAUAUUUUUUUGGGAUCCUGGAUACUCUUCUUUUUGGAAGUUUAGUUUGGUCCUGUUUUACAUGGCCAUCCCCUGUCAUUGUCCGUUUUCCCUAAGAAAUCGAUACAACUAUCCAUUAGGGCCUAAAAAUUGUGAGAGCUCAUAAACCUCUCAGGAAGUGUACACAGAUGUUUGAAACACUCUUCUCAUAGACUUCCAUUCAGUCCUAGUCUAUUUCAAACUAGUGAGUUUGCCCAGUCCAGUGCUAGUUUAGGACUACUUUAAACUGAAUACUUGCUUAGUGCAGUGGUUCUCAAACAAUGUAGCAGUAUGCAUGGGAAUCGACCUCCUAUUAAGAUAUGGUGACUGACUUAGUUGUUAAAUGUGUGCGCUCAUUCUUGCUUGCUUUGUGUGUGUGGUGUCCGUGUGCACGAACAAGUGCGUUGGUGUAUAUGUGUGGUUUAAGAAAUGAAAUGAAGCGCUACUUAUAGUGUUACUUAAUUGUACAGUGUGGCUUUGGCCCGUAAAAGGAAAAUGAGCAUGUUAGGAGUACGUUCUCUCCUUAGCAUACCUUCCUAGGCCUGUGCUGCUGUAGUUCACUGUUGGUGGUUGUAGUUGGUACCAAAAACUAAAAGUUGAACUACUGGUUUGCCUUGUAGCUUUAGGACUAAGCAUCGUGUCUUGGGGUGACCAGAGAUGGAAAACAGACCAUUUAGCUAUGAACAUGUUUUAUAUAUGGUCUAUGGAAUUACCGUUGCACAUUUCUUUACAGUUGAAUAAAACAAUCUAAAGGAUUUCAAAGCCAGUGGCCGCAGUGUGCACUGCUGUCUUCUUCGUUUGAGAGACUUGCCAUGGAAAUCUUUUUAAAGUUGUUGCAGACCUUCUUAAAUAAAAGAGACACACAUGUUUGUAAUUGAGGUAUUUAUACACUGUUUACAUGAUAUACAGUACUACAUUUUCUUUGUCUAAACCACAUGUACCACAUGUUUAAUGAAGUUAUGAGUAAAGGCAUGAAAUCACUUUAUAUUAUGACCUGUAGGACUAGUACUGGCUUUAUAGUUGUUAAUGUGCAGUUUACAAAAAGAAACACUCACACAAAAGAUGACUGUGUUGUAGUUACAAUAACAAAGACAGAAUUUUAUUAGACUGGUUUUAAAGAAUGUAGUUUGAUUUAUUAAGUAAAUGUUUUUUUUUUUGUACUUACUGUGAAGCAUUAGCAAUGACCUGUCAGUGCUUUUCACAAAUUGUGAAAUUUGGCAGGAAACUGUCUCUGACACAAUUCAAACAGCAGCUUUGCUCUUACAAAAUCCUGAAUGUGAUUAAAAAUAUGUUUUUGUAAAUAGUUAAAUCACAUUUCUCAUUUUUCACAUAUUUAUUGCUUCCUGCUAUGCAAAAUAUAGCCAUUGUGAACUCAUCAGUGGAAGCUCCAGAAAAAUAAUUGUGGACCUUUUGACAAUCUGGAUUUCUGAUACAGGAGUUAUUCUGCAUCUUACCUUUGUUUUUACUAACACAUUGAGAUCUGUACUUUAUAAAGGAGUGCUAAGGGAUUGUGGGAUAGAUACUAAUGUUUUUGCAGCAGUGUGUUUACAUACACUUGUCUCUUGCAGUUACUGACCUCAUGUGAAAGAUGGGUCCUAACAUAAAUGAAAGAACGCCUUUAUUCUUGACUUUAUUGUAAAUGUUUGCAUUUUAAUUGACUGGAAUGUUGCUGAGCAAACUGUUUAAGCUCCAACCGAGCAUUAUGUUUAAAACACGAGGAUUCAAAUGUACAUGGAUGUCUCAAGAAACUGUAAAAAUUCUGUAAAUGUGAAGCAUUUGAAUGACACUUUGUAAUAAAGUUUCUUUGUGAACAUUUGA